AUGGACGUGGACAUGGACGUGGACGUGGACGUGGACGUGGACGUGGACAUGGACGUGGACAUGGACGUGGACAUGGACGUGGACAUGGACGUGGACGUGGACAUGGACGUGGACGUGGACGUGGACAUGGACGUGGACGUGGACGUGGACGUGGACGUGGACAUGGACGUGGACGUGGACGUGGACAUGGACGUGGACGUGGACGUGGACAUGGACGUGGACGUGGACGUGGACGUGGACGUGGACGUGGACGUGGACGUGGACGUGGACAUGGACGUGGACAUGGACGUGGACGUGGACGUGGACGUGGACAUGGACGUGGACGUGGACGUGGACGUGGACGUGGACAUGGACGUGGACGUGGACGUGGACGUGGACGUGGACAUGGAUGUGGACGUGGACGUGGACGUGGACGUGGACGUGGACAUGGACGUGGACGUGGACGUGGACAUGGACGUGGACGUGGACGUGGACAUGGACGUGGACGUGGACGUGGGGACUUGGACGUGGACAUGGACGUGGACGUGGACGUGGACGUGGACGUGGACGUGGACGUGGACGUGGACGUGGACGUGGACGUGGACGUGGACGUGGACAUGGACGUGGACGUGGACGUGGACGUGGACGUGGACGUGGACAUGGACGUGGACGUGGACAUGGACGUGGACGUGGACGUGGACGUGGACGUGGACGUGGACGUGGACAUGGACGUGGACGUGGACGUGGACAUGGACGUGGACGUGGACAUGGACGUGGACAUGGACGUGGACGUGGACGUGGACAUGGACGUGGACAUGGACGUGGACGUGGACGUGGACAUGGACGUGGACGUGGACGUGGAAUGGACGUGGACAUGGACGUGGACGUGGACGUGGACGUGGACGUGGACGUGGACGUGGACGUGGACGUGGACGUGGACAUGGACGUGGACGUGGACGUGGACAUGGACGUGGACGUGGACUGGACGUGGACGUGGACAUGGACGUGGACAUGGACGUGGACGUGGACGUGGACAUGGACGUGGACGUGGACGUGGACGUGGACAUGGACGUGGACGUGGACGUGGACGUGGACGUGGACGUGGACAUGGACGUGGACGUGGACGUGGACGUGGACAUGGACGUGGACGUGGACGUGGACGUGGACGUGGACAUGGACGUGGACGUGGACGUGGACGUGGACGUGGACGUGGACGUGGACGUGGACGUGGACGUGGACGUGGACGUGGACGUGGACGUGGACGUGGACGUGGACGUGGACGUGGACAUGGACGUGGACAUGGACGUGGACAUGGACGUGGACGUGGACAUGGACGUGGACGUGGACGUGGACAUGGACGUGGACGUGGACAUGGACGUGGACGUGGACAUGGACGUGGACGUGGACGUGGACAUGGACGUGGACGUGGACGUGGACAUGGACGUGGACAUGGACGUGGACAUGGACGUGGACGUGGACAUGGACGUGGACGUGGACGUGGACAUGGACGUGGACGUGGACGUGGACGUGGACAUGGACGUGGACGUGGACGUGGACGUGGACAUGGACGUGGACAUGGACGUGGACGUGGACGUGGACGUGGACAUGGACGUGGACGUGGACGUGGACGUGGACGUGGACGUGGACGUGGACAUGGACGUGGACGUGGACGUGGACGUGGACAUGGACGUGGACGUGGACGUGGACAUGGACGUGGACGUGGACGUGGACGUGGACGUGGACGUGGACGUGGACGUGGACAUGGACGUGGACGUGGACGUGGACGUGGACAUGGACGUGGACAUGGACGUGGACGUGGACGUGGACGUGGACAUGGACGUGGACGUGGACGUGGACAUGGACGUGGACGUGGACGUGGACGUGGACAUGGACGUGGACGUGGACGUGGAGGACGUGGACGUGGACAUGGACGUGGACGUGGACGUGGACGUGGACGUGGACGUGGACGUGGACGUGGACGUGGACGUGGACGUGGACGUGGACGUGGACAUGGACGUGGACGUGGACGUGGACGUGGACUGGACGUGGACGUGGACGUGGACGUGGACGUGGACAUGGACGUGGACGUGGACGUGGACAUGGACGUGGACGUGGACGUGGACGGACGUGGACAUGGACGUGGACGUGGACGUGGACGUGGACGUGGACGUGGACAUGGACGUGGACGUGGACGUGGACGUGGACGUGGAUGACGUGGACGUGGACAUGGACGUGGACGUGGACGUGGACGUGGACGUGGACGUGGACGUGGACGUGGACGUGGACGUGGACGUGGACGUGGACGUGGACGUGGACGUGGACAUGGACGUGGACGUGGACGUGGACGUGGACGUGGACAUGGACGUGGACGUGGACGUGGACGUGGACGUGGACGUGGACAUGGACGUGGACGUGGACAUGGACGUGGACGUGGACAUGGACGUGGACAUGGACGUGGACGUGGACGUGGACAUGGACGUGGACGUGGACGUGGACGUGGACAUGGACGUGGACGUGGACGUGGACGUGGACGUGGACAUGGACGUGGACGUGGACGUGGACGUGGACGUGGACAUGGACGUGGACGUGGACGUGGACGUGGACAUGGACGUGGACGUGGACGUGGACGUGGACGUGGACAUGGACGUGGACAUGGACGUGGACAUGGACGUGGACGUGGACGUGGACAUGGACGUGGACGUGGACAUGGACGUGGACGUGGACAUGGACGUGGACGUGGACAUGGACGUGGACGUGGACGUGGACAUGGACGUGGACGUGGACAUGGACGUGGACAUGGACGUGGACAUGGACGUGGACGUGGACAUGGACGUGGACGUGGACGUGGACGUGGACGUGGACGUGGACGUGGACAUGGACGUGGACGUGGACGUGGACGUGGACGUGGACGUGGACAUGGACGUGGACGUGGACGUGGACAUGGACGUGGACGUGGACGUGGACGUGGACGUGGACAUGGACGUGGACGUGGACAUGGACGUGGACGUGGACGUGGACGUGGACGUGGACGGACGUGGACGUGGACAUGGACGUGGACGUGGACGUGGACAUGGACGUGGACAUGGACGUGGACGUGGACGUGGACGUGGACAUGGACGUGGACGUGGACGUGGACGUGGACGUGGACGUGGACGUGGACUGGACGUGGACGUGGACGUGGACGUGGACGUGGACGUGGACGUGGACAUGGACGUGGACGUGGACGUGGACAUGGACGUGGACGUGGACGUGGACGUGGACAUGGACGUGGACAUGGACGUGGACGUGGACAUGGACGUGGACGUGGACUGGACGUGGACAUGGACGUGGACAUGGACGUGGACGUGGACAUGGACGUGGACGUGGACGUGGACAUGGACGUGGACGUGGACGUGGACGUGGACGUGGACAUGGACGUGGACGUGGACGUGGACAUGGACGUGGACGUGGACGUGGACAUGGACGUGGACGUGGACGUGGACGUGGACGUGGACGUGGACGUGGACGUGGACGUGGACGUGGACGUGGACGUGGACGUGGACGUGGACGUGGACAUGGACGUGGACGUGGACGUGGACGUGGACGGACGUGGACGUGGACGUGGACGUGGACGUGGACGUGGACGUGGACGUGGACGUGGACGUGGACGUGGACGUGGACAUGGACGUGGACGUGGACGUGGACAUGGACGUGGACGUGGACGUGGACGUGGACGUGGACGUGGACGUGGACGUGGACGUGGACGUGGACGUGGACAUGGACGUGGACGUGGACGUGGACAUGGACGUGGACGUGGACGUGGGACGUGGACAUGGACGUGGACGUGGACGUGGACGUGGACGUGGACGUGGACAUGGACGUGGACGUGGACGUGGACAUGGACGUGGACGUGGAGGACGUGGACGUGGACAUGGACGUGGACGUGGACGUGGACGUGGACGUGGACGUGGACGUGGACGUGGACGUGGACGUGGACGUGGACGUGGACGUGGACGUGGACGUGGACAUGGACGUGGACGUGGACGUGGACGUGGACGUGGACGUGGACUGGACGUGGACGUGGACGUGGACGUGGACGUGGACAUGGACGUGGACGUGGACAUGGACGUGGACGUGGACGUGGACGUGGACAUGGACGUGGACAUGGACGUGGACGUGGACGUGGACGUGGACGUGGACAUGGACGUGGACGUGGACGUGGACAUGGACGUGGACAUGGACGUGGACGUGGACGUGGACGUGGACAUGGACGUGGACGUGGACGUGGACGUGGACGUGGACGUGGACGUGGACGUGGACGUGGACGUGGACGUGGACGUGGACGUGGACGUGGACGUGGACGUGGACGUGGACGUGGACAUGGACGUGGACGUGGACGUGGACGUGGACAUGGACGUGGACAUGGACGUGGACGUGGACGUGGACAUGGACGUGGACAUGGACGUGGACGUGGACGUGGACGUGGACGUGGACGUGGACGUGGACAUGGACGUGGACGUGGACAUGGACGUGGACGUGGACGUGGACGUGGACGUGGACGUGGACGUGGACGUGGACAUGGACGUGGACAUGGACGUGGACAUGGACGUGGACGUGGACAUGGACGUGGACGUGGACGUGGACGUGGACGUGGACGUGGACGUGGACAUGGACGUGGACGUGGACGUGGACGUGGACGUGGACGUGGACGUGGACGUGGACGUGGACGUGGACGUGGACGUGGACGUGGACGUGGACGUGGACGUGGACGUGGACGUGGACGUGGACAUGGACGUGGACGUGGACGUGGACGUGGACAUGGACGUGGACAUGGACGUGGACGUGGACGUGGACGUGGACGUGGACAUGGACGUGGACAUGGACGUGGACGUGGACGUGGACGUGGACAUGGACGUGGACGUGGACGUGGACGUGGACGUGGACAUGGACGUGGACGUGGACGUGGACGUGGACGUGGACGUGGACGUGGACGUGGACGUGGACAUGGACGUGGACGUGGACGUGGACAUGGACGUGGACGUGGACGUGGACGUGGACGUGGACAUGGACGUGGACGUGGACGUGGACGUGGACGUGGACGUGGACGUGGACAUGGACGUGGACGUGGACGUGGACAUGGACGUGGACGUGGACGUGGACGUGGACGUGGACGUGGACAUGGACGUGGACGUGGACGUGGACGUGGACGUGGACGUGGACGUGGACGUGGACGACUUGGACGUGGACAUGGACGUGGACGUGGACGUGGACGUGGACGUGGACGUGGACGUGGACGUGGACGUGGACGUGGACGUGGACGUGGACGUGGACGUGGACGUGGACUGGAC